CCUACUGUUCUUUUCCGACAUUGUUCGGGUUUCUGCCGUUGCAACUGCAGUGAAUUUGGUGAAAAUGUCUCACGAGUGGGAUAAUGAGCCGUCCGCUGGAUUCCCGGAAGGUUCCACGGGAGCUGCUGGGAUGGAUCCCGAUGGUGUUAUCGAGUCAAAUUAUGACAAAGUCGUCGAGAGCUUCGAUGACAUGAAUCUUCGUGAAGAGCUCUUGAGAGGAAUUUACGCUUAUGGUUUCGAAAGGCCGUCUGCCAUCCAGCAGAGAGCUAUUCUGCCGUGCGUCGAAGGCAACGAUGUCAUUGCCCAGGCCCAAUCAGGAACUGGCAAGACCGCCACGUUUUCGAUCUCAAUUCUUCAGCAAAUCGACAUCACGGAUCCCUACUGUCAGGCUCUGAUUCUCGCGCCUACUCGGGAGCUGGCUCAGCAGAUCCAGAAAGUCGUGAUCGCUCUUGGCGACUACAUGAACGCCAAGUGCCAUGCGUGUAUCGGUGGAACGAAUGUCAAAGACGAUGUCCGCAACCUCGAGAAGGGUAUGCACGUCGUUGUCGGGACUCCCGGCCGUGUCUUCGACAUGAUUCAGAGACGUGCUCUGCGCACCGAUCAUAUCAAGAUGUUCGUCCUUGACGAGGCCGACGAAAUGUUGUCCCGGGGUUUCAAGGAUCAGAUCCACGAUGUUUUCAAGAACCUCGGUGAGAGCACUCAGGUGAUCCUGCUGUCGGCCACGAUGCCGCUCGACGUGCUGGAGGUGACGAAGUGCUUCAUGCGCAACCCGAUCCGUAUCCUCGUCAAGAAGGAGGAACUCACCCUCGAUGGUAUCAGGCAGUUCUACGUCGACGUGACCAAAGAGGAAUGGAAAUUCGACACUCUUUGUGAUCUCUACGAGACACUGACCAUCACCCAGGCGGUGAUCUUCUGCAACACCCGCAGGAAGGUCGACUGGCUCACCGAUCAGAUGACCAAGAAGGACUUCACCGUGUCCGCCCUCCACGGUGACAUGCUACAGCCUGAGCGUGACCUAAUUAUGAGGGCAUUCCGUUCCGGAUCGUCAAGAGUACUCAUCACCACCGAUCUUCUGGCCCGAGGUAUCGACGUCCAACAAGUGUCUCUUGUCAUCAACUUCGACUUGCCCACCAACAGGGAGAACUACAUUCACCGAAUCGGUCGUGGAGGACGUUUCGGCAGGAAGGGAGUCGCGAUCAACUUCAUUUCAGAGGCCGACAGACGUAUUCUCAAGGAUAUCGAGUCGUUCUACAACACCGAUAUCGAAGAAAUGCCCGCGAACGUGGCUGAUCUUAUUUAACUGUUCCCCUGGAGAAUAGAUCAAUCGAGGUGAUCGUCCAACUUUGAUGAUUAUUUGUGGUCGGCAACAUUCUCAUUACGAUCAAUGUCAUUGUGACGACUAUGAAUGAAAGAGCGAAGUGGUGGAAAGAAGCUGUGGAAUGUAUAUACAGUUCAGAGACGGACGUCUGCAAUGACGGUGCUGUUUCGAGCUCGUCUGUCCCUCCGUGGGUCAGAAUCUUAACGAAGUGCUAAUUGGCUGAAGAAACGGAGCUGCUGAAAAGCACAAUAUAUUAUAAAGAUGGUAACAAAACAAAUUAAACCACAGUGGAUGAUGAAUACAGAUAAGAGACGAAUAAAACCUUUCCAACAAGCUUCGCCC